UGUGUGUGUGUGUGUGUGUGUGUGUGUGUGUGUGUGUGUGUGUGUCAGCAGGAUUAGUGACAGUGGGUAUUUAAGUGCAGAGUGUGUGUUUGUGUGUGUGAGCAGCAUGCAGCAGAUCUACAGACAGGGCGACCAAGAGUUUGAAGUUUUUACCACCGUCUUCUCCCCGCAAGUGUGCCGGGCGAGGACGAGGACGAGGACUCGACAUGUGGAGACAGAAAAGGUGUUGGUGGUGAAGCAGCACCGGUCCCGCUGGCAGAGGGAGCUGGACCUGGACCCGGGAGACCUGAUCCAGGUUCUGGUUCAGGAGGACGAGGCCUGGUGGUUCGGACGGCUCGCCAACGGACACGAGGGCUACUUCCCCGCCGCCUGCGUCCAGACGCUGCAGGAGAGACGGAGUUGCAGCGCCUUCACCGGGCCGCACGCCGCCGGAUGUAACCCGUCCAGAGCCACGCCCACGCUGGCGAGGAGGGGGUCGGUACCGGUCACCGUGACGACAGCAGGCGCCCCCUGUGGCUGCACCAGCGGUCGCAGCACUCCGAAGCUGCUGAGGAAGAACAGCAUCCUGCGGCCGCUGGGACUCGAUGGGCCCCCGGCAGUGGCUCCACCUCCCCGCUCCCCCAGCCUCCUCCGCCGCGUCCUGGCUAAGUCCCGCAGGAAGAGCUGCCCCCAUCUCCCCCACCCCCCUCACCCGGAACACGGCUCCGCCAACACCGCCUUCCUGCCGGACUAGACUUAAGACC